AUGCUGUAUGUCCCGCCGUCACCUCGACCACCGAUUACGAAAAAUGACCCACCUCUACUUACACAACCUACAUCUGAAAAUGAAUCAUCACAACAAGAUAAGCAGAUUCCCGGGCCUAGUGAUGUGUAUACCUACGCUAGUGUUACAAAAACAUCCCCGGAAGAAACGAGAAAAAGCUCUAAGUCAGAGAAACGAAGGAAUAGAAGAAGGGCCCUCAAAGAACAGGAACAAAAUAUACCUGAUUUUUUUACCGAAGUUAGUGAAGAAGAAAGCAGAAUGGACGACAAGCUAAGUGAUGAGAAUCGAUCGAAAAAUAAAGAACAAUUGUCUUGGAAAUUAUUUUUUAAAAAAUUAAAAGAGAAGAUAUUUGAAGAGGAAAGUAGUUCGUGGGAAGACAAGAUGAAAGGCUGUGGAAAUAUAAUAUUGGAGGCGUUAAUAUCAUUAGUGUUGCAUCUUAUUGCAGAUCAGCCUUGUUGCAAUUUCGUAAAACAAUUAUGGAUAACAAUAACUUACAAACCUACGUAA